AAAGUUGUGUUGUCUUUCCUGAUGGCGGAAUGUCAACUCCCUGUCGACCGAGUCCGCGGGGUUAAUUGUUAGCUAACAACAAUAUUACCCAAAACAGAGUGUUUGCUUCUGUCGGAAAAGGGGACUAUGGAGGUCGACUCAGUCUUCUACACUGAUCGGAGCGGCAGAGUCACCAGUAACCCACUGCUGGACCAGCUCCCCAGCUACCAGUCCCUGCUGUACCGCAGGAAGUCGUCGACUGGUGCCACCAAGCGAAGAAGCAGCUCUAGAGGUCGGCUCGCCUCCACCGGCAGUGGGAAAUGGGGCGUGAGCACCAUCAGCAGACAGGAGGAGAAGCAGAAGGGUCAGACGGAGCAGAGACCCAUCCGGGAGCUGGCCAAGUCCAUGGCCGAGAAACGCAGAGACAAUACACAGCGCUUGGAGGAGGCCCGAGAGCUCAGCAGUUGGAGCCAGUUGAGACGAAGCACCCGCAGGUAUCUGAGGAGGCUGAGGGAUGACGGUCAAGAAUGGCUGAGCUCCCUGAAGCUGUGGAGGGGAGACAUCCACCUGAUAGAGGGGAUGUUUGGCACAGGGAUCCUGUCUUACUUCUCCUUCCUGCGCUUCCUGGUCAUGCUCAACUUGGUCAUCUUUCUGCUCAUGUUCAGCUUCGUCAUGCUGCCCAUCAUCGUCGCCCCCCGCGCCUCAGGCAAUAUCACCUACAACCAGAAUGAUGGAAGCGUGUGCAGCGUGUAUCCAAGCAGCGCCCGUCGCGGUCUGGUCAUCUUUCACGAGCACAUUACAGAUCUGCUGUCCGGGGGAGGCUUUCUGGAACAGACCUAUCUUUUCUAUGGCUACUACAAGGUGGACAAAAUACACUUUCCAAACAUCACCUACAAUGUGCCGCUGGCCUACCUGCUGGUCACUAUAGCCUACCUGUUCCUCAGUCUCAUCUGGAUUGUGAAAAGGUCUGCCACAGGAUUCAAACGCAACCUGGUUCAAGAUGAGGAUCGCUUUCAGAGCUUUUGCAAUAAGAUUUUUGCAGGCUGGGACUUCUGCAUCACCAACGAGAACGCCUCGAAGCUGAAGAGAAGCAGUUUACUCUAUGAGCUCAGGACGGAUUUGGAGGAGGAGAGGAUCAAACAGAAAAUAGCAGAUCGCACCCGCAAAGAGAAGUGUCGGAUUUACCUCAUCCGCCUCCUCCUCAACCUCUUUGUCAUCGGUGUUCUGGCCGGCUGCUUCUACAGCAUUUUUGUAGCCACCGUCUUUUCCCAGGAAGCCCAGAUGAAUAAUAAAAAGGAGAAUUUCAUCGUGGAUCUCAUCUACGAGUAUCUACCCUCAAUCGUUAUCACGCUGGCCAACUUCAUCACCCCCCUCCUCUUCUCCAUCAUCAUCAAUUACGAGGACUACUCGCCUGCCUUCGAGAUCCGCUUCACUCUCAUGAGGUGUGUCUUCAUGCGGCUGACCAGUAUUGGAGUUUUGCUCUUCUCCCUCUGGUCUCAGAUCACUAAAUGUAAAGAGGAGCCAUGCAUCUGUGGCUAUAACCACCUGCUUUACUCUUGUUGGGAGACUCGCGUGGGCCAGGAGAUGUACAAACUCACCAUCUUUGACUUCAUCAUCAUUGUUGCAGUCACCAUCUUUGUGGAGUUUCCCAGGAAGCUGAUAGUGAAGCACUGUGACUGUGGUCUGGCCAAGUGGUGGGGCCAGCAGGAGUUUGCUAUUCCUCAGAACGUGCUGGAGAUCGUCUACGGUCAGACCAUCUGCUGGAUCGGCACCUUCUACAGCCCCUUGCUGCCUGCCAUCUGCACUAUUAAAUACUUCUUUAUCUUCUAUAUCAAAAAGGUCUCAUUGGUAAACAACUGCCGUCCAGCCACGCGUCCGUUUCGGGCCUCCAGCUCCAACUUCUUCUUCCUGGGGGUGCUGCUGAUAGGCCUGGCUCUGGCCUGUCUGCCUGUCACUGUUAGUGUGGCCCAAAUAAACUGUUCCCAGGCCUGUGGACCGUUUGUUAAUUACAACACCUCCUGGGAGGUGCUGCCAACUACAGUAUCCCAGCUGCCCAGCGGCAUCCAGACACUCCUCUACACUCUGUCAUCAGAGGCCUUCGCUGUCUCCUUCUUUGUUGUUACAUGUUUGGCCAUGUUUUAUGUGAUCGCACUAGCUGGUGCUCACAAGAGAGUUAUUAACCAGCUAAGGGAGCAGCUAGCAAUGGAGGGCCGUGACAAGCGUUUCCUGAUCCAGAAGCUGUGCCAGGCCCAGAAGCUCUCAGCUGUCCAGUCCCCGGUGUCCAAAUCCCAGCCUCGCAGAAGCAGCAGAAGCAGCCCCAGCUACCACACCAGCUUCUCCAACAAUUUCAAUGAAAGCGUGUUCCUGGCACACCCGCCUCCUGACUCCUCCACACACCAGCUCAGCUGGUACGGAACCGGAGGCAGCGUGCUGUUGCUCGGCUCAACGAGAGAUGGACAGUCAGCCAAAAUGUUGAGAAUUACGAUCCGGGCAGACAUGGGAGCCCUUUGGGUGUUAUUCUGUAUCACCUAUUCCCAGUUCAUGACCGUAUCCUCCGACGACAUAGUGGUGGCAUGCGGGGGAUUUGUGAAAUCCGACGUUGAAAUCAAUUACUCCCUGAUCGAGAUUAAACUGUACACCAAACAAGGUUCCUUGAAAUAUCAAACGGAUUGUGCUCCAAUCAAUGGCUACUUCAUGAUCCCACUCUAUGACAAGGGAGACUUUGUGUUGAAGAUUGAGCCUCCUCUUGGGUGGAGCUUUGAGCCAACCAGCGUCGACCUCCAUGUGGAUGGAGUGAGUGACAUCUGUACAAAGGAAGAGGACAUCAACUUUGUUUUCACUGGCUUUUCAGUCUCGGGAACGGUUCUGAGUAAAGGCCAUCUCCUGGGUCCAGCUGGAGUGGAAGUCAGACUCAGCCGAGUGGGAACAGAAGAGACACUCCAGAGUGUCGUCACGCAGCCUGGGGGAAAAUAUACCUUUUUAAAAGUACUCCCUGGAAGUUAUGACAUCACAGCUGCCCAUCCCUCCUGGACUCUGGAGCAGAGCACCACCUCAGUGCACGUCUCCAAUGCCAAUGCCCCGGCCGCUGACCAUCUGGUAGUUGGAGGCUACGAUGUCUCGGGGGAGGUCCGCAGUGAUGGAGAACCCAUGAAAGAGGUCACCUUCCUGCUGUACUCAGCCACAGUCAAGCGAGAGGAUGUUGGAGGCUGCAACACAUCCCCAGUGGAGGGGGCAGAUUCUGGGGACAGCUCCCUGGUCUACAUGUGCAGCGCUCUGUCCAGGGAAGAUGGGACCUUUGUCUUCCCCUCGCUGGCCAGCGGCGAGUACACUGUGGUGCCUUUCUACAGGGGAGAGAGGAUCACAUUUGACGUCGCUCCAUCUCGGAUGAAUUUCAAGGUGGAACACAACAGUUUGAAACUAGAGCCCAUCUUCCGUGUCAUGGGCUUCUCUGUGACGGGCCGAGUUCUCAACAGUGUUGGUGGGGAGGGCGUCCCUGAUGCCUCAGUGUCCCUCAACAACCAGAUCAAAGUCAUCAGCAAGGAGGACGGUUCUUUCCGGUUGGAGAACAUGACGGCUGGUACCUACACUAUCCGCGUCAACAAGGAGCUCAUGUUCUUUGAGCCAAUCACAGUGAAGAUCGCCCCCAACACGCCCCAGCUCCCUGACAUCAUCACAGCAGGGUUCAGUGUGUGUGGCCAGAUCUCCAUCAGUCGCCUGCCUGAGGGCAUGAAGCAGCAGGGCCGCUACAAGGUCACUCUGACACACCAGGACCAAGAUAAGGCCUCCAGCAAGACCAUCGACUCGGAUCCACAGGGGGCCUUCUGCUUUCAGGCCAAACCUGGAGACUACAAUGUGCAGGUGUCUCUUCCAGAGGCAGAGGUGAAAGCAGGCCUGGCUCUGCAGCCUCAGGCCCUGGAGGUCUCCCUUGUGGACCGGCCCCUAACAGACCUACUUUUCACCCAAUUCAUGGCUUCUGUCUCUGGAAAAGUGUACUGUCUAGCGUCCUGCGAUGACCUGUCAGUAACCCUGCAGCCAGUGAGUCGGCAGGGGGAGAGGAGGGCGGUGGCUCUGUCUGGCAGCAGUGACACCCUCAGCUUCUCCUUUGACAGUGUUUUACCUGGAAAAUACAAAGUGAGCAUUUCUCACGAGGAGUGGUGCUGGAAGCACAAGUCCGUGGAAGUGGAGGUUCUGGACUCCGACGUCCUGGGGGUGGAGUUCAGACAGAUUGGCUACAUCCUGCGCUGCUCCCUCUCCCAUGCCAUUACUUUGGAGUUCUUCCAAGAUGGCAGCAAACCGGAGAAUGUCGGCGUGUACAACCUCUCAAAGGGAGUCAACCGCUUCUGCCUCUCCAAGCCUGGUGUUUACAAAGUCACCCCUCGCUCCUGCCACCAGUUUGAGCAGGACUUCUAUACCUAUGACACCUCGGCCCCCAGCAUCCUGACCCUAACUGCGGUGCGGCAUCACAUGACCGGGCUCAUCACCACCGACAAGAUCCUGGACGUCACAGUUACCAUCAAAUCAUCUAUCGAGAGCGAGCCGGCGCUGGUGCUGGGUCCCCUGCGGAGCCUGGAGGAGCAGAGGCAGGAGCAGCAGCUGCAGGAGAUUCAGCUGCGCCGUCAGGAGCGAGAGCGCCGUGCUGCUGAGGAGGAAGGAGGAGCCCGGGAUGAUAGCCCUCCCAUCCAAGAGAAGGCGGAUGAACUGACGGGCCCCUUCCACUAUGAGUUCUCCUACUGGGCCAGGGCUGGAGAGAAGAUCACAGUGACACCGUCUUCCAAGGAACUGCUGUUCUACCCUCCUGAGGUAGAGGCCACUAUCACUGGAGAGUCGUGUCCGGGUCGACUGGUGGACAUCGCGGGGCGUGCAGGUCUCUUCCUGGAGGGCAAGGUGUCACCAGAGCUACAGGGUGUGGAGAUCUCCAUCACGGAGAGAGGAACUGCUACACCCCUCAUUACUGUGGCCACUAAUGAGAUGGGCGCAUACAAUGUGGGUCCACUCCACAGCGACCGGCAGUACGACAUCAGCGCCAGUAAAGAAGGUUUCGUCCUGAGUCCAGUGGAGGGAACCCAGGGAGAUUUCAAGGCGUUCGCUCUGGCUGGUGUCACCUUCAAAAUCAAAUCAGAGGAUGGUCACCCCCUGUCGGGUGUCCUCCUGUCUCUGAGUGGAGGACAGUUUCGCUCCAACCUGCUGACCCAGGACACAGGCCUGCUCACCUUUAAUAACCUGAGUCCUGGUCAGUACUACUUCAAGCCCAUGAUGAAGGAGUUCCGCUUUGAGCCGGCGUCUCAGAUGAUCACAGUGGAGGAGGGGCAAAACCUCAGCAUCGAUAUAACUGGUGUCAAGACUGCUUACAGCUGCUACGGAGCGGUGCAGUCUCUGAGCGGGGAUGCAGAGAGGGACGUGGCCGUGGAGGCGGUGGGACAGGGAGAGUGCAGCCUCUACAGCGAGGACACUGUCACUGAUGAGGAUGGUCGCUUCAGACUCAGGGGUCUGCUGCCGGGUUGCAAAUAUCUCAUUCAGCUGCGAGCUGAAGGCAAUGACCACAUUGAGAGGGCCUUACCACAACACAGAGCUAUAGAGGUGGGCAGCAACGACAUUGACGGGGUCAACAUCAUCGCCUUCAGGCAAAUCAAUCAGUUUGACCUCAGUGGAAACGUCCACACGUCCCCUGAACAUCUCCCAACACUAUCGGUGAAGCUUUACAAGAGUGACAAUCUGGACAACCCCAUCAACAGCGUCUCUCUGGGACAGUCCCUCUUCUUCCACUUCCCUCCUCUGGACAGAGAUGGAGAGAGCUAUGUGCUGAUGCUGUACUCCACGCUGUCCCGCUCCCAGUAUGACUUCACUCUGCCUCAGGUCACCUUCACCUCCGGCGGCUACCACAAGCACGUCACGCUCACCUUCAACCCCACCCGUAAAGUGCCUGACCAGGACGUUGCCCAGGGCUCCUACAUAGCUCUGCCUCUCACUCUGCUGCUUCUGUUAGCAGCUUACAACCAUGAGAAGGUAAUCCCCCUCCUCUUACAGGUGGUGAAUCGCAUCCAGGGAGUGAGGAGCAUGGCCCAAGCCAGCGGGGACAUGGCUGCUCUGGACGAAGCCAAACGUCAGGCCAAGAGACAGAAGGCCAGACGCACAUGAGGACUCAACCACGGCUCACCUCAGACCACAUCUUUGCACACUAAAUAGUACACUUGCACCCGGGGCCACAGCCUCAGAGAGCACUGUGGGUUCACUCAUAGAGUAGAUGUUGGGCCACAGGAUAAAGCUCUCAGCGUUUGGAGUCGCUGUGGCUAUUUAUGGGUGCCUGUGAACUAUUUAGCUCACUGAGAUGUGAUUUGGCCCCAAGUGAAGCCCAACAUGAACCACUCGACGCGCAUUACCACCACCUCAUCAGCCAUUCAGUUCCACCGGACUGAGAGCUGACAUUUUACUGGUUGUUUUCUUCUGUUUUUUUUCCAGAACACUCACUGUCUAAGAAAAUUGUCAAUAUUUGUGAUAGAAUAUGAGCCAUUUUUAUACCUUUGUAAUUUAUCUAGGUCAACUCAAGCCUUUUGCGUGUGUUGUGAAAGCAUCUGAAUGCUUUAGAUAUCAGUCCUAAAAAUUUUUGGGACUGUGGGGAGCCAUGGAUCUUGUGAAAAUGAACGUGUGUGGAUAUAGAUCACCAUCUUAAACCUGUGGGGGAAAAGUUUGUGGUUGUAGAAAUGUUCGACAAUGUCCAUAGACAUUUGUGCUCACAACCAACCACCGAGGUUUAAACUUUUUUAAAACUUCAUUUCUCAAGCUCUCAAGCAUCUUUUUGACCCUUAUCUGACCCCAUAGAUUUGAUAUAAGCUGAAUUCAGCAGAACUGAAUUGACUCGUUUGAUGCCAUCACAAACAGGGGAUUGAUUCUCUGACUGCUAACUAUGACUGAGGGACAGCCAAAGACGCUGACGAGCUAAUAAAUGCUUUGUACCGCUGUCAGCUACGUCACGUCACUUAAAAGCUAAACACCCACGAGUUACUAUAAUGCACUCCACUUCUGAUGGUGUUUUAUAAGCUGUUAAGUGUGAUGCAAGAUUGACUUAAUGUCAGUUUCUCCAUUAGCUCAGGAAAGUGGUGGUCGAUAGGAUGCUGGAAAUUUGGGUUUGAAUACCGUAUGAAGAGAAUUCUGUUGUUUUUGGGUGAGGUGGACUGGGGUAGGGGCUAUAGGGGAUAACUAAUAGUUGAUUAAUUUAUUAACAUAUUUGUAAUUAGAUGUGAAUGGUAACCUAGUUUGUAUUCGGGGAAACGUUCAGAAGUGUGCUUGUUUUUUGAAUGAUGGAAGACAACAUUCAAUUCAAGAAGACUUGCAUCCACAGAAAUGAAAAUGAAUGAGAAUAUUUACAAUGGGUCUCUCAUGACCUCGAGUUAAAAAUUGGAAAGCUAAGGCGGAUUUGUAAUUUCUUAAGCUCAUUGUCUUACCACCCAGCUGUGUAAUGCACUGAAAACUGUGGGACCCAAUUAUUUUUUCUGUAUUUAAUUCAUCUGCCCUCAGUUGUGGCUGGAUUUUGAUGAAAGAUGAGAAGGCCACUGAUUAUUUACUUACUUGAAAGAUAUUCCAAUUAGUCCACAUUUAGGGGGAGUUGAUUAGUUU